UACUUUAUCAUCAACUCACUCGAAGUCAGUCACUCUCUUUCUCUACACAGCCAAAACAUACUCCUAAGAGUGACCAAAACACACACUCACCGAAGAAAAAGAAAGAUCUUAGAUCCGGAAGUAAUAGACCCUCUUCAAAAACCCUAGUUUCCUUGAAGGAAGAUCUGGGUGUGUAUUUUUACUUGUCUGGUAAAAGUACUUUUCUUGCUGGUCAAUAAGGUUGCAAGGUAACGUGAAUGGCAGUCACAGAUGCCCAAAACCCUCUCCUUGGAGAAACAACUUGUGGCACUUUACUGCAAAAGCUCCAGGAAAUCUGGGAUGAGGUUGGUGAAAGUGACGAGGAACGAGAUAAGAUGCUCAUUCAAAUAGAACAGGAGUGCUUGGAUGUGUAUAAGAAGAAAGUUGAGCAGAUUGCCAAGUCAAGGGCCCAGCUUCUUGAGGCCUUAUCAGAUGCCAGAAUUGAACUUGCACGUCUUCUAUCAGCCCUUGGAGAAAAAUGUUUUGCAGGAUUGCCUGAGAAGGCUUCAGGAACAAUCAAGGAACAACUUGCAGCUAUAGCACCAAUACUCGAACAGCUGUGGGAACAAAAAGCAGAGAGAGUAAAGGAGUUUUCUGAUGUACAGACACAGAUUCAAAAAAUAUGUGGUGAAAUUGCUGGGAACUUGAAUAUAAAUGGCAAUCCUACAGUUGAUGAUGCUGAUUUAUCCCUAAAGAAGUUAGAUGAAUAUCAUGCCCAACUUCAAGAGCUUCAAAAGGAAAAGAGUGAUAGGCUGCACAAGGUCCUUGAAUUUGUGAGCAGUGUGCAUGAUCUCUGUGCUGUCCUCGGGAUGGACUUUUUCAGUACUGUAACUGAUGUUCAUCCAAGCUUAAAUGACUCGACUGGCAUGCAAAGCAUUAGCAAUGAUACAUUAGCAAGGCUGGCUAAGACAGUCUUAGCAUUAAAAGAAGAAAAGAAGCAGAGGCUUCAUAAGCUUCAAGAGCUGGCAAAUCAGCUCAUGGACCUGUGGAAUCUGAUGGAUACUCCCAUGGAAGAAAGGAAAUUGUUUGACCAUGUUACCCGUAACAUGUUGGCUUCAGUUGAUGAAGUGACUGUUCCCAAAGCUCUGGCCCUGGAUCUAAUUGAGCAGGCUGAGGUUGAGGUUGAAAGGCUUGAUCUGCUAAAAGCCAGCAGGAUGAAAGAAAUUGCCUUUAAAAAGCAAGCAGAGCUUGAAGAGAUAUAUGCCCGUGCUCAUGUAGAGAUAGCCCCGGAUGUUGCUCGAGAAAAAAUUAUGGCACUAAUUGAUUCUGGAAAUGUUGAGCCUGCUGAAUUACUGGCUGACAUGGACAAUCAGAUAUCAAGAGCCAAAGAAGAAGCUCUAAGCAGAAAAGAAAUUUUGGAUAAGGUUGAGAAAUGGAUGUCAGCAUGCGAGGAAGAGAGUUGGCUAGAAGAUUAUAAUCGGGAUGAAAACAGGUACAAUGCCAGCAGAGGUGCACAUUUGAAUCUCAAGCGUGCAGAGAAAGCCCGGAUUCUGGUUAACAAAAUUCCAGCCUUGGUUGACACCUUGGUUGCUAAAACUCGGGCUUGGGAAGAAGAUCGAGGCAUACAGUUCGCAUAUGAUGGUGUUCCUCUCCUUGCCAUGCUAGAUGAAUAUGCCAUGCUCAGGCAGGAAAGAGAAGAAGAGAAACAACGGAUGAGGGAUCAGAAGAAGUUCCAUGAGCAGCAAAACACAGAACAAGAAUCCAGUUUUGGUUCCAGACCCAGUCCUGCCCGACAAGUUAGCACAAAGAAGGUGGUUGGUUCCCGUGCAAAUGGUGGCGCUAAUGGAACUCCCAGCAGGCGGCUAUCUCUAAAUGCUCAUCAAAAUGGGAGCAGGUCUACAACUAAAGAUGGAAGGAGGGACAAUAGGCUAUCCGGUCCUGUUGGUCCUGUUAACUAUGUUUCUAUAUCGAAAGAUGAUGCUGCCUCCCAUGUUUCUGGCACUGACACUGCUACUGCUUCACCGUGAUAAAAUAAGAGACAUGUAGGUUUACAUCCUUGAUAUAUUAUUGCUGUUACUUCUAGGAGCUUGUUGUAGUCUAAUAGAUGUGAAAACUGAGUAACUGGAGAGUAAACUGUUUUUAGUUGUGUAUCUUAAACUGGCAUCUUGAAGCUGUUCCAAUCCUUUAUGCUCAUAUCUUGGAACGAUUUUUCUGUUGUA